AUGAAAUUUGGAAAAUAUUUACAACGAAGGCAAGUUAGUGCGUGGAAAAAGAAAUAUGUUUUUUAUAAAUCAUUUAAAAAACAAAUUAAAUCAAUUAAAAGAGCAAAAACAGAAGAGGAAUUAUAUAUUGGAAAUGAAUCUCAGAUACAGAUAGAAUUAACAGCAAUACCAAUAAAUAAAUCAAUAUCAAAAAUACCACCACCAUCACAAUCGUCAUCAUCGCCAUCACAAUCACAAUCACAAAUAGAAAUACCAUUACAAAGCAUUGAACCCACAACAACAACAACAACAACAGCAGCAACAUCAUCAUCAUCAUCAUCAACAACUACAACAAAUGUAAAUUCUAAAACAAUAAUUAAUUCAAGUGGAGGUAGUAUAAAAAGUAAUAAUAGUAAUCCAUUAAGUCAAUCUUCAAUUAUUCAAAGAGGACCAGUAAUAAUUAGAGAGAAUAAUAUAGAGAGAGAAGAAAAGAAAUUUGAUUCAAUGUUACAGGAGGAAUUUGAUAAAGUGAAUACAUUUUUUAAACAACAAGAAGAUGAAUUUAUACAUCAAUUCAAUGAUAUUAAACAAAAGGUAGUAGCAAUGAGUGAAAUUUGUAAAAAUAGUUCUUCAAAAAGUUUAAAAGAUGCAAUUAGUGAGGAUUCACCAAGGUUAGGUAAAUUCUCUCAUUUAUUUUAUAAUCCUUCAAUUAUAAAGAAAAGAAAUAGUUCAAAUUUAACUUCAUCAGCUAUAAAAGAUGAUGGUGUCGGUGGUGCCUCAUCAAAUUCACAACGAUACGCCCAAUCGUCACCAUCAUCAUCAUCAUCAUCAUCACCAUCAGCAAUGGCAGUAAAAGCUAUUGCACAUGCAGCAAAUGCAGAAACAUAUUGGAACCCGGGUAGUUUAAAAUUGGGUAAAAUUAGAAGAUCAUUAAAGAGAGCAAUGGAGGAAAACUAUAGAGAGAUUCAAGCAUUAAAAGAAUACACUUCAUUGAAUAUGAUUGCAUUUAGAAAGAUAUUUAAAAAGUAUGAUAAAGUUUUACAAUCUGAUAGUUCAGUAGAUGGUAUGAAGUUAGUUCAACAGCAAUACUUUGUCAAGUCUAAAAAGUUGGUUGUUAUCGAACGUGAAAUCGAAUCAUUGUAUACAAACACUUUCAAGCAUGGUAAUAGAAGAAAUGCAAUGGCCAAACUUCGUGUACCCAAAGAAUAUAAUGCACCACCGAAAGUGGUGUUCUUAACAGGUGGUCUAUCUGGUAUGAGCCUAAUUCUCUUUAUAUUUUGUAUACGUUAUAUGAUUAAUAACGUCGCCAUCAUUUAUUUUGAUUCGCCAACACCAUUACACUUUUUAUCAAUGUUUAUGCUCCAUCGUAUGAUUGGUAUACCAAUUCUAUUACUUUGGUAUUUUGGUAUUCUACUCUAUGUCACCUCUGGUAAAAAUAUUAAUUUGUUUUUAAUCUUAGGUUGGGAUGCUAGAACCAAUAUAACGCAUUAUCAUAUUUUAUUUUUAGCAAGUGGUUUAACAUUUUUAUGGACACUUAGUUUAUUUUUAUAUACAUACUUGGCAAUACAUAUUGAUGGGAAAUUACCGAUACUUUUCCCAUUUUUAUUGAUUGCUAUAGUAUUAUUUAUUGUGUUUUGUCCAUUCAAUAUUAUAUUUAGACCAAGUAGAUAUUGGUUAAUUCAUACAUUUGCAAGAAUUUUCAGUGCACCAUUUUUACCUGUGAAAUUCAAAGAUUUCUUUUUUGGUGAUCAGUUUACUUCAUUAUCAAUUGUAUUAAGUGAUUUAGAGUAUGUCAUUUGCUUUUUCGUUUCAGAUCUUUGGACAGAUGGUGAUAUUUGCUGGAGAAUUAAUCCAUAUAUUAAACCUUGUUUAGUUUGUGUACCACCUUUACUUCGUGCCUUACAAUCACUUCGUCGUUUUAAAGAUACAAAACAAAAUAUUCAUAUGAUGAAUUUUGGUAAAUAUUCAUUAACAAUGUUAUCAACUGUUACAAGUUCAAUCGCAAAUUCAAAAUUAUUAACUGACUCGUCACAUAAGAAAGGUACAUUAGCAUUAUGGAUAAUUAUAUCAAUUGUUAGUACAAUUUAUUCAUUAGGGUGGGACUUUUUAAUGGAUUGGGGUGUUUUAAGAACUCAUAGUCGUAAUUUCCUUCUUCGUGAUCAUUUGUUUUAUAGACACAAAUGGGUUUAUUAUUUCGCAAUGAUUACAAAUACAUUGAUGAGGGGAUCUUGGACUAUUAAUGUUUCAUUUGAAGCACUUUCUUCAAGAACUAAAGAAUUAAUUGUUUUGGCAACUGCUGUAAUCGAAGUAACUAGAAGAUUUCAAUGGAAUUUUUUCCGUUUAGAGAAUGAACAUUUAAGUAAUGUUGGUAAAUUUAGAGCAUUUGAUUUAAAGAUACCAGAUAUAUUAAAUACACAAUCACAGCAACAACAACAACAACAACAACAACAACAACAACAACAACAACAACAACAACAACAACAGCAACAACAACAAGAGGAAAUAGGUGCAAAUGAAUUAUUAGGAAAUAAUGGUGAACCAAUUGUUGGUGAUUCAAAAACUGUUAUUACAUCAGAUGAUUUCAUAAAUGGAACAAGUAAACAAGAAGGAACUAUAGAUUUAGAUCGUGCUCAAUUCCAAUAUUCAAAAAAUGAUUUAGAAGAUAAAAUUGAAGAAUCAAUUAUAAAUAAUAAGAAUAAUAAUAAUAAUGAAUGUACACCAUUUUCAGAAAAUUCAUUUUAUAAUAAUGAUCAUUCGGGUGAUGAAAACUCAAAUGAAUAG